UAUUAUUUUCGAAACGUAGAUCAGGCAAUUAGUCGUUGAUUAAUUAGUUUCGAAUUAUCUUCGCGAAUAACGAGAAUCAUUAGAUUUCCGUUUAAUUUUGUUUGCUAAUAGACUCUUCGAACACGAUUCGAAAGACUAGUUACAUCAGCGUGAUUAUGGAAUAAUUUAAGAAGCUAUUACAGAUACAAUUACAUUGAGCGAUUAUAAAAUCAGUGAAAAUAAAGUACAUAGCGUAGCUAGUAAAAUAAAAUAGAAAAGAUAAAGAAAUUUUGCGGUCGAUUCUCGAAGUGAUCCGAAGAUAGAGAUUUUAUUAGCAAUGAUCUCAAUUUCGUUGACAUUAACCUGGAUAUCAUCCCUCGACGAUCAGGAACGCGCGGUGGUCGAUGAUCCAGAAUCCAUGAUAGGUACGAUCUCGGGCGUACGGUGUGCGUACGCGGGUACGCCAAUGAAAAUCUAUUGAAUCAACCUUGAUGUACCCUGAUUAUCCGAUGUACAUCUAGGUAUACGAUCGCGCGAUUAUCAAGUACAAUUUACUGGCAUUACUUGCACGAGACAGACUUUUGUUUUAUAAUAAAAUCACAGGUUACGCGCAAGAAUCCUGGUGAAAACGGACGAAUGAAGAUAUUUCGGUCGAUUGGAUCUAAUAGAACUUGGACGAAAAGUUAUUAUAAUCGUUUCUACGAGUAAUUCAGUUUCCGACUUAUACGACUCGUAGAUCUUAAUUGAUAUUUAGCGAGAAAAUUAAUAUGUAGAUACGCGUGUAUCUUAGAAUCGGUAAGCCGAUAAAUGAUCAUUACGAUCUAUUUUUCCAUCGCGUUUUAUCGACAUUUAUCGAGAUUGAUACGAAUCUGCGUUUAAUUAUUCUUUUUCGAUAACCGAUAAAAUGAAAUUUUGCUCGACGAUCACUGGAACUUUCCAAAUUCCUUCGAAUUCGCGAUAAAUCGAUAGAUAGAACGUAUAACAAUAACCUUUCCAACUACAUAUUGCCCGAUUACAUGGCGGAAGACUGUAGAAACAAUUGUACAUUUUCGUUUCUAUCGGUCUUUUCGAUUUGAUCGAUAACGCGUAUCUGUAAAAUACGCGACAGUAAACGGUUACGUGUACGAUCGUAUCUUCGAUCAUUGAAAUUACAUACUAAAUAAAGUUCAUUAAAUCGACGAUCUAAAGAUAACGCGUAUACACACACACAUAUUCGUGUAUAAUUAUUAUCAUUGGUUAUAAAUUCCGUUGCUACAUAGACACGAAAUGCCAAUACGAUGAAACGCGUUACGAUUCAUCAUUCUGUAAAUUAACAUGAUCGAUCGUGAAGAUUACUGGAGACGUUACAUGUACAGACUGUGCGUCUCCACGAUAACAGAUAACAGAUCAAUUGUUUUACCAACGAGUAAAAUAAACAAUGAUCGUCAUGGAUUUUCGUAACGAAAAAAGAAUCGCUUGUAACAGAUACUUCCUAUAUCCGACUAUAUCCAUCGACUAUAAUAUCUGAAAAAUUGAUCAUUCGAAUAGACAUUCGUGUUUGUCCUGACAGUAGAUUAUAUCCAAUAAUAUGUCCGCGUAAACUAAAUAUCGGCAAAUCACGUAGAUCGUUUAGCUGAAAAACGAGAAAUUUGCAUGAUCGUUAACAGAUUAGGUUGUUUUUUCUUGUCUAGACUACGUUUACCGAAAUGUUUCGAACACUUAUUCGCACUAACUUUUGGGUUUAGAAUGAUAAUUAUUCUUCUUGCCGUCAUACGUGCAGGGUAUUGUUUAGAGGGUUAUAUAACGUAUAUCGAUCGUUUACGAAAGAUCUUGAUCAUCGGGUACAUCGGGUUUUCGGUUUAUUUUCUUAAGCUGCAACGAUUCGUACGAACACGAAUACAAAUAAUAUGUAUAUUACGUUUAACGUAUAGAUACAGAUAAGUAAAUUAGUUAAAUAAACGAUAGGGAGUGAACGACGUUGAACUUAGAAAAGAAAAAUGCAAAAAUGCAAAUGUUUUCGAAUUCGUUUCGAUAAUCGCGUCUCCUUUACGUGGAAGCAGUUGAUCGGUUUGACGUAAAUCACGCGUUGUCGCGGAAAAAGAAGGUAAAUAUCGGCGUGCGAUCUACCGGUAACGUUGUACCACGGGAAAAGUGAACGAUUGUCGAUAGCGGGUACAGAGAGGGGAUAAAUUCGUGCAGCAGAGUUCAGGAACGAUACGGAAUACAUAGUAGAGUACAGCCGGGCGUACGGCGCGAAACACGCGAAGAACGGUGUAACGCGAAUGGUUAAAAUGAUAGGGUAACUCUCUCGACAAUUGUCCUCGAAACAGUAUUUCGAUACGAUCGAUCGAUAUUCUCGAUUAGAAUUUUUUCCGUCGAUCCUUUUACAACGCGUCGACCUUGUGACACUUCCUGUAACAGAAACACCUAUCGCGACCGUCGAGUCGUCGGUUUAUUUUUUAUUUCGAUUUAUCUAGAUUUUUCGCCUGGCGUGCAACACGUUCGAGCGCUUUCUAUUUUUUACCUUGAGUCGGUAAUUUCCGGUCGUGUUUUCUCGUUGCCGAGUACUCCUGACCAUCCGAAACACGGGACAAUAAGAAAUUUUUAUAGGUAUUUUUCUACCCGACGGAAUUAUUGUCGAUUCGCGAAGGAUCAGUGAAAAUUCGAGCAUAAUUCAGUGGGAAUGCGCGAAUCAGUGCAAACGUCCUGCAUCGCGUCUCUGUGAAACCGAAGGGAUCGGGGAGCAAGGAAAGCGGUACUAAAGGUUCGAGUAAGUUUCGACUUUGAUCGAAAUGCUUCGAAUAUUUUCUAUCUUCUAAUUAUUUUCUACCUUAUAAUUAUCGUACUAACUCGUUACUCGUAGAGCGAUAAGCAAAUUAUGCUUAUUUUGUUUCUGGAUUUCCCUACAUUUAUACGCUUUCAAAUUGUUUCGCGCUCGACAACCGAACGGCCUCGAUAACUAAUAAAAUGAAAUUUGCGAGUAACCAAUAUCCCGGGUUCUGCUAAAAUCGGCCUGGUUAAAUUUCUAAAUUCACUCUGCAAACUUUCCAAUUCUGAUUUUUACAAUAAUCCUAAUCGGCAAAGUUUCAAUUUCGAAAUUCAAACUGGCCCGAUUUUCUACGACUUCACGCGAGAACGUGAUCGAGUUACUACUACUCGAGAGGUCUUUGGCCGAAUUCGUCCGAUCUUAUCCGACCCUACUCGAUUCGAGCCUACAGCGUGGACACGCAUUCGGUAAUAUUCGAUAAUAUUCGAUAAUAUUCGAUAACUCGACCGCAUCCCUAAUGCGAUUGAAAUUUCGAUAUCGGUAAAUCGAUUUUUCAUUCGCGAAUAUUUGAUCGUUCGUUAUUGUUUCGAGCGUCGUUGACUAAACGAAAAAUGAAAUUAAUUGCUUGAGUGAAAGCAGUUUAAGCCAGGUUAAAUUAGAACAUACGAGGAAAAAAGUUGUUUUUGAUGCAACGUACUCCUCGACGGGACCAUUCUAUCCCUCGUUCCUUUCAUUUUUCUUUUUCACAGAUCACCGAUCACUUUGCGAAAGAACAAGUUACAGUCGAUCCAAAGUUAUAGCUAUCGCGUUACGCAAUGAUUUCUACCUAAACGUAUAGAGGCGCGAGUUGCAUUUCUAAUGAAAGCAAACACAGCAUACUCUAGGGGGUAUCGUGACAUACAUUUCACAAUAAAAUGGAAAUUGCAGAAACCGAUACCGGUUAGGCAUAACAAGACGAGGUAAAAGCGACGUACAUUGAUCGAUGAUACGCAUAAAAUAUCCACGAAGAUUCGUCGAAGUUUUGUCGACCUUUCUCAACCAGGCGGAACCGGUUAAAAACAUUAUUUUAACUAAUAUCGUUUAUAUUAUUGCAUCUCGGUUAGUAGAUACGCAAAAGGGUCCAAGAGUUUCUUCUCUUCGAUCUGGUAAUUGCUGUUUCAACCUAAAUUUCACCGGCCGUUGCAACGCAAUAUUUUUCUUCGAGUCUUAUCAAAACAUUUCAGAAGUAUGUCGCAUUUCCAUACGCGUUGCUUACCAAUUUACGCUGUACCUACGUUUGCAUACGUUUCACGAGCACAACGAGAUUGCCUAUACGAUUUCCUAGGUAAAGACACAACCGCGAUCACGAGUCGGCAGAUAAAGAAAUUGAUAGGUGAAAAAGGUGAAUAAAUUUGUUGUCACCGUUCUAAUCGUCGCUGAAGCGAAGCGCGUCGCGUCGCGUCGCGUCGCGUCGCGUCGCGUCGGAUAAAGUGAAUGGUAGACGAAUGAAAUAUUUGUUUAAUCGCACGGUGUAUAUUACUUUUCUUGUCGGUGUACGAAACAGGUAAUAAAUGAACGACCUACUUAUCUUGGUAUAACUUGGUAUAACUUGGUAUGAUCGGUUCAUGCGUUACGUACGUAAAAGAACACGCGUACAGAACCUUGUACGAGCGAAUUUCGAUCCUAUUUUAUCUCGUUAUUCGACCGAUUCGACCGGUUGCAGAUAGAAAUGAAAUAUCGAUAGGAAAACGGUCGCGUACUAUUAGAUAAGCAAUUAGGGUAUACCGUAGAAAAAUAACAUAAGAAAAUGUCUGCUUUCAAACAAUUUUCAUUACGUAUAAAGAUUUCUCGCCGUAUAGAGAGACAUUUUCGAAACAUUUACGUAUAAAGGAGGCGUGCAUGGUCGAGGAUAUUCCGCGUAUAAAGUUCUGCAGGAAAUAAGGAAGGAUCAAAGAAGGUCGAUAACGUGCCGAAGGCAACAUUUUCAAGGUACUGUCUCCACGAUUCCGCGCUUCUAUCCGACAAACGAUAAACGAUAAACGAUAAACGAUAAACGUUAAACGCGUUUGUUAGAACCGUUUAUAGGAUCGCCGAUAAUCGCUGUUUUUCUUUAUCAUUAUAUUUGACCACGCCGUUGAAAAACGGAAAGAAAUUUUUGGUAUUUUAAUCGGAAAACGUUUAACAAUCACAGGCUACGCAAUUUCUAAGAACAGAUCUUCCGUUUAUUCGUAUUUCUUCUUGCCGCAAUUUCUACCUAGUUGUCGUUGGUUCACGGAACCGAUCCAUCAAACGAAUUUUACUUACCGGAGGCUCUUCCUAACAAACUCGGACCGCAAUAGACAUUCUAAGAAGUAAAACGGCAGUAAAGACAAAAUACAAAGAAGAAAAGAUAAACGCGAGGAGAUCUAUAGUCUAUAUAGUAACGACAGCGCAGGCACGCGUAAACGACACGUACUCGCUGCCAUUGGUAGCUAAUAAUCGGUUUCUCGUUUCGAACAUUGGCAAAUUUACGACUUCCAACAUUCUCGAACUUUCGAAGCGGUCAAGCUCUCGGAUUCCCGACUUUCCAAACAAUUCUGUCGGAAAUCCGAAACUUGGAGAAACGAGUUCGCGAUGGGCCCAUUUACGUUUCCGGAUUCUUUUAACCGCUACAAGCGUUAGAAGAUCGCUAACGUGGUUUUCGUAUCGACUCGACUGUGGCACGACAGAGAAUACGCAUCGUACACGCGUGCGUUGCGUGUGUGUUAGACCGAUAAUCAACCGUGUGUCGCUACUUACAAUUAGUUGCAUUAUUGUUAACGGUGUCAUUGAAAUUAUCUUUGAAAAGGAAAAAAAAGAAAUAUACGUAGACGCGAACUCGUAUCUCGUAUUCCGACACACGUAAUCGUUAGCGUUACCGCAAUAAGAAAAUCUUCAAGAAAAAGAUAAAUUCUAAAUUUAUAGAAAGAUCAGCAGGAGAAUGCCUCUUCUGUACGGUGUAAAGCUGUAAAGCGCAGGUUAACGAAAUCGGACGGGAGUUUACGUGCUCUUCGGCGAGCACUCGAUCUACCCAUUACCGGUGCACAGCAUACAAUAACGAUUUAAUUAGUAGCUACUCGUAUGCGAUGUUCGACGAACAUCACUUAUCUCGUUGCCGGCUGUUCAUUCAUCUAUUCUCGAUCGAAAAGUUGAAUAGGAACGCAUAGAUUAGUCCAUCCACGUAGCUCACUGUAAUUUCGCCACUUGACUCGCCAACAAUUUUAUUGUGCCGACUGUGUAAUUCAAGUGCACGGUCACCGUAAUCGUAUGUUCAGUGUCGAACUACCUAUUCGACGUCUCUUUUGACCGUAUCUUCUUUCAUCGUUUAACCUCAUUAGUAUUCUUUCCCUACGCCGUUCCAUUCGUAGUCCGGCAACGUCUGAUCACCUGUUCCUUUUCAUUCACUUUUACGUUUUAUGCGUUCCGCUUGCGCGCGAAAAAAAGAAAAAGGAGCGACGAUCUUUCGGUCGAUUAAAAAAGUAUGUCCCUGUUCGUUACAGCGAACGGAGAUUCUUAUUUCACCGAGCCUCCAGUUUAAGGAUAGAGCUUCCGUACUUGCCUGCCGCUAGCAUUAACAGCAAAAGUCCGAAGUUAUGACAACAACUAAUGGCCUGAAGAAUGACCAAUCGUCGGAAGUGUUGUGGCAGAAGAUUCACACUGGUCAAGAUGAAGAUAUGAGAGUUUAUGGGUUCGAGAAGAACAAAUUUAAAAGUGUUCUGGUUUACGUGUCGUACGUGUUGACGGCUGGUUGGGUCAGACUCUUUUUCCAUUGGUACCCUCAGUUACACCUUUACGCGACUCACGACAAGUGUCCUUUGAGUCGCGCGACGAAAUUGCUCGUAACUGAUAAUUAUCAAGGGAAAUACAAGUCGUACUUCGUGAAAGAAGUGAAAACUAUUUCUACCAGGAACAUCAGCGCGCAACAACUAUCGAGAGAUCUGAACACGAACGACGAACAACUCGUGGAGAAGAUUCGAUGCAAGAGGUUGAAGAUCAAUUUAGAGAACGGUACGCAAUGCGAAGUAUUCGAGUACAAAGCGUUUUGGUGCAAAAAACAAUGUUACGUAUGGGACAUCACGCAAAACGCGUUCUCGAGAUUAAUAGGACUAGACAAAUAUACGUUAUGUUCGGAUCUUCAUUUGAACAGUAAUCAAGGACUCUCUAAAGAGGAACAAUGCCUCAGACGUAUCGUCUACGGGAACAACGAGAUUAUCGUUCCCGUACAAAGUAUAGGCGUAUUGCUUAUAUUGGAGGUUCUCAAUCCGUUUUACAUAUUUCAAGUUUUUACGCUGUGCGUAUGGUUCGCAGAGGGGUACUUAUAUUACACGGUAGCGAUCGUGUGCAUGUCGUUCUUCGGAAUCACGAGUUCCAUCAUACAAACCCGUAAGAAUCAGAUUAAUCUUCGUGGAACAGUCGCGUCGACGGAGACUGUUCGCGUGCACAGGAGUAAGAAAAUAUCGGAAAACAUAUCGAGCAGCGAAUUAGUACCAGGGGAUAUAAUAGAAUUACCGAAGCAUCAAGCUACUGUUAUUUGCGACGCGGUACUCUUAACGGGCCAGUGUAUAUUAAACGAAUCCAUGCUAACCGGGGAAUCGGUGCCGGUAACGAAAACUCCGUUACCCUCGCGCCACGUGUUGUACGAUUCGAAAGAAUGCUCCCAUCAUACCAUAUUCAGCGGCACCACCAUCAUUCAAACCAGAAGUUACAGCGACAGUCCGGUGUUAGCACGGGUCAUUCGAACAGGUUACCACACCAGCAAAGGGAGCCUCGUCGCGGCCAUUUUGUAUCCGCCACCGGCAGAUUUUAAAUUCGAUCAAGAUUCUUACAAGUUUAUCGGUAUAUUGGCGGUGAUCGCGACAUGCGGUUUCUUAUACACGAUCGUGACCAAGGCUUCUAGAGGAAUCACGGCCGACGAUAUAGCGAUAAAAGCCUUGGACAUAAUAACGAUAGUGAUUCCUCCAGCAUUGCCAGCAGCGAUGACAGUGGGAAAAUUGUACGCUCAAGCGCGGUUGAAAAGAGCAGAAAUAUAUUGUAUUAACAAUAGAGUGAUCAACGUAUCGGGCGGCAUAAAUUGCGUGUGCUUCGACAAGACCGGCACUUUAACCGAAGAUGGAUUGGACAUGUGGGGUAUUGUACCGUGUACCGACGGUCUUCUCGGCGAAUCGGAAAGGACCGUUCCUAAACUAAGCGGUCAUCCUCUAUUCGAGGGUAUGCUAGUUUGUCAUAGUUUAACUCUGAUCGACGGUGAACUCUGCGGGGACCCUUUAGACGUUAAGAUGUUCGAGAGUACCGGAUGGAUAUUAGAAGAAUCCGAGCCGGAGCAUUUAAACGAACACGAUCUCGUAACACCGACGAUAGCGAAACCAGGGAAAAAUAAGAACGGUGUCGCGGAAAACGCGAACGAAAUAUUUGAAAUCGGAAUAGUGCAGCAAUAUCAAUUCUCGAGUUCUCUGCAACGAAUGUCUGUGAUAGUACGCGUACUAGGCUCCGAAAUUUUCCGAGCUUACACGAAAGGAUCGCCCGAGAUGAUACUUAGUUUAAGCAAACCUGAAACUAUUCCGAAAGAUAUAAUGUUUUGCUUAAAACGCUAUACGGAACAGGGCUAUCGGGUCAUAGCCAUGGGACGAAAGGAAUUAUCGGAAAGUAACGCUAAGAUAGUGAAACUGCCUCGAGACGCGAUCGAACAGAAUCUCGAGUUCUUAGGUUUAGUAGUUAUGGAAAACAGAUUGAAAUUGCCGACUAUACCGGUCAUCCAGGAGCUAAGAGCCGCCGACAUGCAUGUCUUGAUGAUUACGGGGGACAACAUUCAGACUGCGGUGAGCGUCGCGAAAGAGUGUGGCAUUUUAUCGUCGCAAGAGUCUGUGAUAGACGUGACCGUCGUUAUGGAAGAGGAUAAGUCUCAGCCGAAGAUUUAUUUUAAUGCUCAACAGUUAUCCCCGAAGCUGAGCCUUCGCGAUAAAAGGAUAAAAAUACCGGAACUACACGAUAUAGAACGGAAUAUAGGUAGUAGGAAUUAUCGGUUCGCGUUGACGGGACAAUCGUGGCAGUUACUGCGCGAACAUUAUCCAGACAUCGUGGCUAAGAUCUGCGUUCGUGGAGCAAUAUUUGCCAGAAUGACUAGCGAUCAAAAGCAACAAUUAGUGUUGGAGCUGAUGCAACUCGGUUAUUACGUGGCCAUGUGCGGAGACGGUGCUAAUGACUGCGGUGCCCUGAGAGCGGCGCACACCGGUAUAUCUUUAUCCGAAGCAGAAUCCAGCGUUGCCAGCCCUUUCACGUCCAAGGUACCUGACAUAACUUGUGUUCCAAAAGUAAUGAAAGAAGGCCGCGCGGCCUUGGUCACGUCGUUCGGAAUUUUUAAAUUCAUGGUCACUUAUUCCCUUACAGAAUUCGUGUCCGUUAUUAUACUUUACUCGAUCGACUCGAAUUUGACGGAUCUAGAAUUCCUUUUUAUCGACAUCUGUCUGAUCGUUAACUUUGCCUCGUUCUUCGGGAAGACCAGAGCAUACGAAAAGAAAUUAGUAAAGAAACCUCCGAUGACUAGUCUAUUAAGUUUCACCACGAUAUUUUCUUUAACUGUUCAUAUGCUGAUAAUGACGAUCUUUCAAGCCGUUGCUUAUCACGCGGUUCGUUCUUUUCCUUGGUUUACUCCGUUCGUUCACGCGAAUAACGCCGAAGACGCCUGCUACGAAAACUAUUCCGUUUAUUGUGUCUCGAUGUUUCAAUACAUAACAAUGGCCAUAAUAUUUUCCCGUGGGAAACCGUACCGAAAACCUGUUUACUCGAACAUCGCGUUCGUAUUUUCCAUUAUUCUCAUGACAAUCGUCUGCGCCUAUAUCACCGUUUAUCCAGCACACUGGAUAAUAAACACGCUAAAAUUGCGUCUGCCUCCGUCUUACCAUUGGAGUAUUAUCAUUUUGGCGCUUGCCUUAGCCAACUUUCUUACUUGUCUCUUCGUCGAAACGUUCAUAAUAGAAUAUAUCAUCGAGAAAAAGUUUAGAUCGCGAUUUUAUAGGCCCGAGAAGUCCAAGAAGGAAUAUUUCAAAGUAGAAUACCAAUUGAAAAAUGAUUUCGGUUGGCCACCGCUCAGUAACGAAUUACCGAUUUUGCCCUUAACACCGAGCAUAGAGAACAUCAUGAACGUUAAAUAUCCGGAAGAACAGUCCAAAAACGAUUUCAACGAUAAAGUCGAACGAAAUAAGGAAAACAAUGGAUUAUACGCGUUUGAUAAUUAUACCUUCGAAGACGACGAAUUGACAAAAAACACAAACAUGAUAACUAGAUUUUAACUACUUUGUACUUUGACAACGCUGUAUCCGUUAUUGUCGAUUAACGAUACACCAGUAUUUCUCAACAAAGUAUUAUGACAUACUUAUAAAACUGUGAAAAAUAUCAUAAUGUAAAAUGUAAACGCACAAAAAUGCAAGGUGCGCGAUAUCAUAUAUCGAGCACCGUCAAACAGUGUAAUCUACCCGUAUUGACAAUUCU